AUGGCUCCAGCUACAAAAGGCAAGCCUGCAAAGGUGACCAAGAAGUACACCAUCAAUUGCUCCCAACCAGUCAGCGACAAAAUCUUCGAUCUGUCAGCCUUCGAAAAAUUCCUCCACGACAAGAUCAAGGUCGAAAACCGUGUGGGGAAUCUCGGCGACUCAGUCACGAUUGCGCAGGUUGGAGAUGGAAAGAUUGAAGUUGUAGCGCAUAUUCCUUUCAGUGGACGCUACUUGAAGUACUUGACAAAGAAGUUUCUCAAGAAGCAACAACUGCGAGACUGGUUGCGGGUCGUCUCCACAAGCAAGGGGGUCUACGAAUUGAGGUUCUUUAACGUGGUCGAUGAGGAUGGCGAGGACGAUGAUGAAUAG